AUGGAGUUCGCAGAAGCUUUGCUUUCUUGUGACAAUGCAGACUUUGAGCGUAUUCUGUACGAUGAAAUCAGAACGCAGGCGUUCACUGUAUGUGCUCCUCAAGUCGUGAAACCACCUGAGAAUCUGGGAUCUGAUUCAGCCGGUGAAAGUGACUUUGAGUCAGGCAAAUCAGAAUACUGUGCACUAGAAAAGACUAUAUUCCGUAGUUUUGAGCAGUAUAUUGCAGGCAGAGAUAUAAUGACGAGCACAGAAGAUUCGGGGGAGUGCGCAAACCGCUUAGAGUGUCACUUGCGCUCAUGCGCUAUCGGCCAGCAAGGAAUAUGUGGCCGGAUAUUUCAAGCUAAUGAACCAACAUAUUGUUGCAGGGAUUGUGCUGUGGAUCCAACAUGCGUUCUGUGUCGAGCUUGUUUCUUCAAUAGUGCGCAUAUGACGCAUAACUACAAGAUUAGCACGUCGUCUGGUGUUGGCUAUUGUGAUUGCGGUGAUCCUGAAGCUUGGCGGUCAGAUGCCUGGUGUAAGCUGCAUACAGGUUCAUCAGAACACCGUGAAGGAGGGGACAAAGAGGAGGAAGUUGUUCCGUCUGAAUUAGCUGAUAUUAAUGAUAUUGAUGCCAAACUAAAAGCUGAACUUGACAAUCUUCGUCAACGAAUUAAUAGUCUCCCACCAGAUGUCGUUGAGCGAACAGGAAGAUUAUUGAAGCCUUUACUGAAUAGUGCAGCUCUCUGCCUUACUGAUUUAAUCCAAGGCGCGCAUCGUUUAACGACUGAAGCUUUGAGCAGUCGACUACGUAAAGGUGGUACCUCAGUAACCAAAAGUUCAUCAGAAACGGGUGUUGCAGAGGAACAGGAUGUUAUUGAUGAUUUGUGGUCCACAGAUGACGGUGUAGUUAAAUAUACAUCGGACAAUGAAAAUGUAUGGGAUUCUUGGCCUCCACAACUGUCUCAUAUUCCUCUUGUCUUGCCUGCAGAAGAUGCUGUAGUGUUAGGACAGGAUGCUUGGCCGAGAACUGCCUCUGGACGUCGUUCAUCAGAGGAUGUUGAAGCCCGAUGCUUAGCUCAGUUGGAAAGAGCUAGGAUUUAUCAUCCUAGAUUAUUCCCUCCAAGGUCAAUGCGUACAGCUUCCGACCGUACUGCUGCUUCUCGAGCGUUUCUGGUCGUACUUUAUAACAAUGAGUUUCACAAUUAUGAACAGGUUAUCAAAACGUUGAGACGAGUUCUAGACUGUACAACCCAGCAGGGUACACAUCAUGCAGUACUUGUUAAUUGCGAUGGUCGUACAGUCCUUCAAAUGAAUCUUACUAUUACACAAGCAGCUAAUUUAGCAUCAGCUUUGAUGCGUACCUCUACAAGUCUAUCUACACGCCCGUUGAAAUGUGAAGCUCAACAUGCAGAUAUCUAUUCAUUAGAAGUAUUUUUCUGCCUAUUCCUUCGUUGGUUACGUGGAUUUUGUGAUCAAGUGCCUAGUUUAAGACCUGUUAUUUGUCAUGCAAUAUUGGGUCAUUUCCCUAAGGCGGCUGAUAAUGCUGUUAAUAAAUCGACACAAUCAAAUAUCUUGCCUAUUCUACCACACGAUGAUACUAUUAAAGAUGAUUCAUUUUUAAGUUUUAUUCUAGCGCGGCAUAACUUAUCAUGGAGAUCUGUUCGACAAGAAAUGUUACGUCUUAUCAUGGGUGUACUCUUGAAGGAUAAUUUCUACCGAUCUGCGUUUGCCAUUAAAUUUACCAGAUUGUAUCCUAUGUUACUUCAAAAUUAUAUGUACGAUGAUCAUUUAGAAGGUGAUAAUCUGUGCAGUUUAAGUUGUCAAUUCUAUACAGUGACCAGUUUGGCACGUCAAUUGUUGGAGCGCAAAAGUAUCCUAAGUCGACUACUAUCUCGAUUGGUUAACGCAUUUGAGCAUAAUUCAAUUAUACUACCAGAUUUUUAUUCAGAAACUACCAAUCAAAAUGUAAAUGCAGAUAUUCAAGAAGAACUAACCGUCUCAAAUUUAAAUAAUGAUGCAAACACUUCAUGGUUUAGUGCUGUUCUUGACUUAUUGAGACGUUUAAAUCCAUUUGAAUGGGGUGUGUCCACUUGCACUGUGUCUCUAAGCUGUAAUCCACCUAACUGUGUUUCCCCACAACCACGUGUCUUAGCAUGGCCAGCUGGUAGCACACUAGGUCGUUCAUUCUUUCAUCCUUUUGAAAGAUUAUUCAGUGUAAUUCAUGAUGUUGAUUAUAUUCUGGCCAGUUUAACAAAUGUCCGACCGUUAGCCAAUAACGAAAGUACUUCAUCGUCAUCAACAACGACACGAAAUAGUUGGUGGACAGAAGCUGCACGAUUGUCUUACAUUGAAUAUAUACGAAAACUUUUAAUAGUGCUUAGUUUUGUACAAGAUAUGAACGGUAUGCAACGUCAGAUACAAACUCAUGUGGAAGAAGAGUUGGAAUGGGCCACCGGGUUUUAUAUUAUGAGUGUGUUAAUAAGUCUACUUGGCUUAACUGUACAGGUAGCCAGUUCAGAUUAUGAACUGUACAAGCUGGUAUUACGUGAAGCUCGUCAGGCAUUUGAAACGCGUAUUGGUAUAUUGGAUCGACGAUUCCGUAUUAGAUCGCUAUUAUCUAUAGAUGAGAAACCAGAGAAUAACAAGAAUACCCAGUCAAAUGAUAAUUCUAAUAAACUGACUUUUCAUUCACUUGGUGUCACAACUGAAGUAUAUAUUUACGAUGUAUCAGUGUAUCGGAUAAGUUCACUACAGCCAAUUCCACGAUUGUUGGCCAGCCUAUAUGGACAUGGUUUGGAAAUGGGUUUCACUUUCGAUGAAUUGGGUUUAUCAGAUAAGGCGUUUCUAAAUCUGCUUAUCGAAAGACCUUUACAAAUUCUUGCUUUUUGUGCUCAGUAUAACGCUAAAAUGUGGGUACGUAAUGGAUACGCUGCACAACAGUCCGUCACAAAUCUGUUCAGUUCUCCGCUGCGUGUGGAAUUAGUAGACCGUGAUAUUCAGUUAUUGCAAAUAGCGAGUUGUGUUCUACCGCCGGAUGAAUUUAUCAUCCGUUUAGUACAUAAAUUUCAUUUGGUUAACUACUUGAAAAGCGAUGCGCCAACAAAGGAGCCUGGAUCUGGUCGUGUACAAGCAGUUGAAAUGUUGUUACGUGUUUUACUUGCUUGUAUUACUAAUCGAUCACGUCCUUCUAUUGGUCAAUUUACCAAGGAAUAUUAUUUUUGCAACAAUAAUCGUAGUAAUGGUUCCUCUAAUUACCUAAAUGAUAUAGUUCUUGAUAUCAAUUCAGAAGUUUAUUAUCCUAACUUAAUCAGUGAUGUUAUACAUGCUCUAGGCUAUCAAACUCUAAGCUAUAGUGAAUUAUUAUCUAACUUACCAUAUCAAGCUACAAGCAGUCUGUUAAUGAAAAUUAAUAUUGGACAGUUGGAUGUGUUGAAGCAACAACAUAAUUUAAAAGACUCUGACACAGAAAUGACAUCAGAAGAAUCGCAGUCUACAACAUCAGCUUCUAUUGAGAUUGGCCCAAGACCUGUUCUACCUGCUUCUGUAUCUAGAAGUGCUAAUAAACGUGCUAUGGAAACCGCUUUAACUAAAAUAUUAAGUAAAGUAGCGGUUCAAUCAUCUGUUAAUGGUCGCACUGUGUUUAGUCUGCGACCAGAAGUUUUGGCUUAUCGUUUUGAUCGAUUCUAUUGGGGAUAUCGACAACCGGACCAAACAACAGCUGAAGAAAAUGUUUCUAAAUGUUUAAAGAAGUGGAUACAAAAACAGGACAAUCCAGAUUUAAAGAACUUUCCUAUCCCACCACCCCCACCUCGUCCUUUACAUGGCUUUAUACCAUCUAUUCACCCAGGUCCUCUGAGACUUCUUCGCUGUGUUACUUUUGUACGUUUAAUCAAAACACUAUUGGAAAUAGCUAAUUCUCAUGGUACAGCGUCUUCAUGGUGGUCACACAGUUUACUAGAUCUCGUGUUGCAUUUGAUCAUUGUUGCGUUAUAUGAAGAUGAAUUGGAAGGAAGUAAAACAGGCAAAUAUCCUUUCUUGGAAGCUGUUGCACGUGUACCAGUAGAAAGUGAAUCAGAUAUUAAAUUGAGGCAAUUAGCACUUUCGCGUCAUUGGUUGAAACCAUCUCCAAAUGAUCAUUUGAAAAUCUCUGCUGCUUUAGAAGAUAAUUGUAUAACUUCCCGACUGUUGCGAAUAUUGAAUUCCUCUUGUCACGAUGAUCAAUCAGAUUUGAUAAGAUGGACUCUGAACCAUUGGAGUAAAGUUGUUGAAAAUGCUACUGGUGACCAAACUGCAUCAGAAACAACAAAUAAGCCUUCACCUUAUCAGCUGUGUAAUACAGCUAUUAAACAAGAUCGUGCAGAAAAGGCUCGGGCUCGACGUUCACGUAUUAUGGCGCGUAUGUCGAAUAUGCAAAAAAAUUUUAUGAAUUCAUUAUCUCAGAAUGAAACAGCAGCAAAUGAAAGUCAAUUAAUGGACACCGAUGACCCUGAACUAAAUGUUAAUGGUAAUAAGCAAGCUAUGCAAACUGAUCCUGUCGAAGCAAGUUCAGUUCAGCAAUGUGCAUUGGGACCAAAAAGACUGCUUGGUCGAGCAGCGUUUAUACUUGAUGGAUUAUCUCCAACACCGGGAGGUACUUCAGCUGCCCCCAAUACAGAAUUAGUUACUUGCAAUCUGUGUUUAGAGGAAAUGCCAGAACAAGUCUCUAGUCGGAUGGUAAUGGCUGCGCAUGUGUGUCGGUCGUCAGUUUUAUCUUCUCGUGGAAUUGGUUGGGUAGAAGGUCCUGUUACAAUGGCAGUUGUCAGGCGGUUAGCCUCUGAGGAUUGUAUGAUUGAUUCACAGGCGUCGAAACCUGUUGAUAAUCAGUCGCAAACGGAAAACAGUGAUGACUUGAUAGAUGGUACUUACAGGAAACAGCUUCUUCCUUUUCUGGCUUCAGUGGCAACCACAUCUGUAGCCGCUUCUCGUGGCUCACCACAAGUUGGAUUUUGGUUUUUACCUGAGUUUAUUUAUGGUAUACGAUGUCUAGAAUUAAAGAAGGAUAGCCCUUCUGAAGAUUCAUUCUCUAUGGAUGUUGAUAGUGAUUAUUCUGGAAUGCUUGAUUUAGUGUUUGCUAUGCAACAGUUGCAGGAGACUGGUCCCCUGAUAUUAGAUCCUUGGUACCCGCGUCCUCUUGUAUCUAGCCGCGAUCCGAUUGCCGAAGAGGGUUCAUUCUUCACAUUCUGUUCUCAUCCAAUGCAUACUACUUGUAAGACAAAAUAUGCUAGACAGUUAAAAGGUCGCGUUGAUCAUAUAAAUCGUCGAAAUUCAUCUGUUCUGGCAUUCGAUUUCCGUUGUCCAUUAUGCAAGUGCAUAUCUACACUAGACUUACCAAUAUUAGGUCCAGUUUAUUCAGAUUUACCAGUGGAAUGGUUAUCUUUACGAUUAUUAUCUUCAGGAGAUCGUCAAUCAAAUCAUUCUCAAUCAAAUCCUAAUAAUGUUGAUUUUCAACCAUUAAUGUCAUGGUUGUGGAGUCUAGCACGUUGGUUGGAAAUGUUUUCGGAUUCCAGGGAUUAUUUAUUAGGUGAUUUAUUACCGUCGGACUGCUAUCCUUCCACUGAAUAUACGAUGAUUGAACCACAUUUAUUGGAGGAUUAUGCAAUAUGGCAUGUUAAUCAUAUGUUUUCAAUGAACGUUAAUCUAAUUAAGCAGUCUCUUCGUACUCACUUUUCUCAACCAUUGAACAAAAUCUUAGUUGAUCUAGAUGUUACUCUACCUAGUCUAGAAGCUUUAGGGAUGAGCGAAAAUUGUGAAAUUGUAUCAAAGUUAAUUCAGGCACUAGACAAAAGAAUUAGGCAUAGCUUUAUCAUACAAGAAGAGAAUAAUGAUGAUAAUGGGAGAUGUACCUCACAGGUAGACAGUAAUAAUGCAAGUAGUAGAAGAAAUAUUAGCAGUAGUAGUUUAAAUCCAAUGAGUCGACACUUUUCUACAAAUAGACGCUCUACUAGACGUUCUUCAGAUACUGUUAAUGUUGCAGCUAAUUCAUCAAAUUCUGCUAAUAACAAUAAUGCUGCAAUAAAUGGUCGUGACAGUUUAAGAAAUUUGCUUCCAUCGCCUUCUUCACCUUUGGUCUCUUCUAAUUUAUUCACUUUUGUACAACGAUUAGCUGGUUUAUGUCAGCCUAGAUCAUUGGAUUCUCUAGUACAACGCCCAAAUAUCCGACGUGGCACCGAAGUUGCUGAAGUAGUCGUUAACAAUGGACCUGCAGUAGUUAAUAUACCUGAUGACGAUAAUCAAAUUAUAGGAUAUGUUGAAGCUGACGAUGAUGUUCAAGUUAAUCUGUACGCAAAUAAUCCUGCACUGUCAGUAGGUGAUCAAAAUGUUCAAUUAGUUAUUUCACAAGCAGAAUACAAUUCAAUUGCCAAUGAUAACGCUGUUGGAGUUUCUGUUACACCUACAGUAACUAGCCCAAAUACAGAACAAUCGCCUAGAAACCAAAUACCAGCUUCAUUAAAUAAUUGUACUAUAAGUCUCUCUGAAGCAAUUCAACAGUUCCAUUUAGUUUUUAUGAACUUUUAUACAUCUCUACAUAUGCAUGCUUCAUCUUACCGACAUACCACAACGACUAUACCGCAACCACUACCAGCAACGACUCCAAGUACCUCUAGACUUACAGUAUCUGAACCGAUCCUAGACGACUACUUGACUGAUACUAGAGGAAUUAUUACUUCGUUUGAUUUUCUUAAAAACUCUCUGGAAUUUGUUACUCAAAGUGCACGUAAUGUCGUCUGGUUAGCUUCUUCGGAAUGGAGAUCAUUGAGACACAGUGUAGCGUAUACACUGAUUGUAUCUGAGCGAACUUUGAGACUAAACGGCUGUCGUGAUAAUUUCUUUAAUGGUGGUCUUGCUGAGCGUCAACUUUGUGGACUUGGGAAUUUAUUACGAAUUUCUUUCGCAGCUCAUUCGCGUCAUGCUGUUGUUUCACGUGGUUGCCCUACAUCAUGUGAUACAAAUGCUUCAGAAUGGUCUAAUCAUCGAUGCUGUUGGCCUCAAUUAAAAAAUCAUCCAUUUUAUUGGUGGUGGUGGUGUUAUUGUGUCCCAUUCGAUGCUAUACCGAAAUCACAACUCAAGGAUAUUCCUAGUGGGUGUCGCCUCAAUAAUCCUCCUACUGUAUUAGACAUUGCUGAGACAGUUGUGAGUGUUGCAGCCACCGAGGAUGCCGCCUUUUUAUGGCGCCUAUUAAUUCCACUAACGGGAGAAUAUGCUGACAGUCAGUCUCAAACACUUGAUGAUGAUGGUUUACUGGAAAAAUUGAAACAAGAUGCAAAUCCUUCAACGUCACCAUAUUCAAUUUCAGAGAGCAUCCAAAGUCCGCCUACUAGUGUACUUUGGGAUGUGGAUAUCACAUUCCUCUUUAUCAGCUUAUUGCAUUUGCGGCCGGGUCUUGAAGAACACGGUCUCAGUGAUUGUCAGUGUACGCGUUUAGCUCAAGAAGCUGAUUCAAAUAUAGCUUUAGAAUCUGGCGCAGCUUCAUUAGGGGCACACUUGCUUGCCUGUGAUGAAGGUAGACCACGUCAACCAAUUGGUGAUAGUCAUGAAACACACUUAUUACGGUUAUGUUACUCAGCUUUAUUAGUUCAAACAAUAUUAGCUUGGGAGCCUAAAAGGAAUUGUUUAGAUUAUUUGAAAAGUAAUAAUCUGAUACCCGAAUCAUGUACAUGGGAUGAUGCAUCUAUUCAAUCAGUUAACUGGGACUUACCUGAGUUACUUGACGUUUGGGUGUUUUUACGCGGUCUGUCCGGCCUUCCAUCAACAGAACUACCCCAGAAUGAUCCAGCUUAUUUAAAACAUUUGACGCAAUCAUUGAGUCUAUUUCUACGUGCAAAUUGUUUACCAUUCCUACGUAUUGCAGCCUUUGUUAUGCAUAAAAUCACAGGUGUCGAUGUUCCAGGUGAUCUUCGUCAACGGGCUUCUGCGGAUAAUAUGUCAGAUACUAUGCAUGAACAUAGUCUACUCUUAGUCUAUCUAGGUUUACCAUCAACUCCUAGUGAUUUAUUAACUCUGUUGUCAUCACCACCGUCGCCGUCAUCAUCAUCAUCAGAUUUGCAUUCAAAUGCAUUGCGUAGCGUAUCAGAAGCAAAGACGUCUAGUCAAUCUACAAAUGUUUCUAUGCUAUGUGAAUCGUUAUGGUUAGCACGCUUAAUAACUCUUUGGUGUUUAACUGGAGAAAAUUCAUUAAGUCGUAAAUACUACAAUUCAUUGUGUUCAAGAUUUAUAAAAUCUUCAUUAGCUGAUAGAUUAUUAACACCUUAUCCUAAUGUACAUUUACCAAGAUUAAUAGAUUUACCAAAAGAAUAUGCUCAUCUGCUUUUAUUGGCUAUCGAUAUGGAUUGUCAUGCAGAAAAUCAUAUACACAGUGACUUAAGUUUAUGCCUUGUUUGUGGACACUUGGCAUGUUUACUUUGCUAUGGUUGUCGUCAGUUCGAACAGAAAUCUAAUUGUAUUGGAGGAACACCAGCAUCUUCGAACUUAAAUAGCAACAGAAAUGGCAAUUCUAGUGGAAGUAAUCAGGAAUUCGCUGUUUAUCGUAUGCAAGCUCAUUCAAGACGUUGUCAUUCUGGUUAUAGUUUCUUACUACGUAUUCAUUCAUGCCGUGUAAUCAUGUUAUCAGAUGAAGCUCGCCGUAUUACAGAAGUGCCUGCACCAUACAGGGAUUCGUUUGGUGAAACUGAUCCAGAUUUACGCCGUGGAAAUCCUCUGUUUCUUGUGGAGUCGGAAUAUAGACAUAUCAACAAAUUAUGGGUUAGUCAUCAGUUGACUUCGAGUACAUCAUCUGAUUUGGUUACACCUUUGAACUUACAAUACGGUUCGUAUUAAUCUAAAAACGAGACUGGUUCAGUUAUCAUUUUUCGUAUAAACACUAUCACUAUUACUAUUGUUAUUGUUAUUACUAUUGUUAUUGUUAUUGUUACUAUUAUUGCUAUAGUCAUCGUCAUUAUCAUCAUUUCUAAUCACUUGUAACGUUAACACCAAAUUGACACUAAACAAUUGAAUCAUCAUCAUUGCUACUCCCAUAAUCCUGUCCACUAUCUAAGUUACAAAGUAAAUACGUAAAUAUUAACAUGCGUACUGGCUGAGGUGAACCUUUUUUUUGUGAAUGCAGGUUCUUUGAAAAAUUCUUUCCAGCCUGAAGACAUACACUUUUUCUCCACCUCUGUAUAACCUCUACUCCUACUUGUGGCGUUUUUUCCACAGACAUAUAUAUAUAUAUUAUCUCACUUACUAUAAAGAUGAGUAGAGCAAGGAUGAUCAAAGGUGUACAUUGUACCCUGAAGUUAACUGUGUUGUGGUAUUUUCUAUAAAUUCUCACAUUACCUGCCAAUUUCCCGUUACUCUUUUCUCACCACACUUUCCUACACUUAAUCCUUCUUGUUCCCCCGCUGUAUCUCUAUUGUUUCUGAAGACUUGUAUCAUGUCUUUACUAGAUGAUAGUUGCAUUGAC